AUAGAUACAGCUAGAGAAGUGUAUACGAAAUUUUAAAUCAGUGCAUUUAAUCAAAAGAAGCGAGAAAAAUCAUGGCGAGGGUAAAGAAAUCGGCUGUCUUGGUUGGGUGCAACUACGCAAAUACCCGAAAUGAGCUGCAUGGGUGCAUAAACGACGUGCUAGCAAUGCAGGCCACACUCAUAGACCGCUUUGGCUUUGAGACGGACGAUAUUAAGCUCUUGACCGACGCACCUGGCUCGCGGAUCAUGCCUACGGGGACGAAUAUCAAGAAAGUGCUUGGUCAGAUGAUCGAUGGAGCUGGGCCAGGAGAUAUCUUGUUCUUUCAUUACAGUGGGCACGGGACGCUGAUUCCAUCACAUGGGCAUGGGCCCAACAAGAAGGAUGAAGCGAUUGUUCCUUGCGAUUUCAAUCUUAUUACAGACAUUGACUUCCGGCAUCUAGUCAACCGAUUGCCGAAGGGAGCAAGCUUCACCAUCUUCUCCGACUCAUGUCACAGUGGCGGCCUCAUCGACAAAGAGAAAGAGCAGAUCGGACCCCAUGUCCAUGAUCAUGGGCCCCACACUAACAGCGGGUCCCACCACCGUCCGAAAACCAUUCCCUUCGAUUCGAUCCUCAAUCACCUGACCAAAAUCUCCGGCAUUCAGUCCUCCGACGUCGGCGCGCACUUAUCGGAAGUCUUCGGAAGCGACGCGAGUGCGAAAUUCCGGUCACACAGCUUGCAAUCGGGCACGUCUAAUCGGGUAGGGCCCGAUGAUGGGAUCCUGAUCAGCGGCUGUCAGACGAACGAGACGUCGGCGGAUAUGGAUCCGAACGACGAUGGAUCGAAGGCGUACGGCGCAUUCAGUAACGCUGUCCAGACGGUGUUGGAGGACCACAAAGGGGUGAUUAGCAAUAGGGAGUUGGUUACACGUGUGAGGGAAGUGUUGCACGUGCAAGGGUUCAAGCAGCACCCAUGCCUUUACUGCAGUGACCAGAAUGCGGAUGCGACUUUCCUGCGGCAAUCCACAAGCUCGAGCGUGUAGGGUUGGUUAGCACGUGUGGUCCUUGAACCCAUGGAAUCUUCUGCAAAUCAUUACAAAGCACUUCUACAAGAUGUUCUAUGUAAAUAAAGAUAAUGGAAUUUGGAAGUUUUCCUAUUAA